UUCAGCCCUCUCCUCCCUCAACUUCGAUCAAUCGUUCUUUCAGCAGCCAUGGAGAAAUCAUUGCAGAUUCGUCCCCGAAAACGGAAGCAAUACUACUCAUUGAAAACAUCUUCAAACCCCUUCAUGGGCAGAUUCACUCGCAGCAAAUCUCAAGUUCAUUUCCACCAAAACCGCUCCGGCCGGACCUGGACGGAUAUUACCUCUGAUAAGUCAAUUUAUCACCAGAAAUUGCUGCAAAUUUCUCCUCUCAAGAAACCCAAAAGGGUCCACUACGAGAUAGUAGAAAAUGAAGCUGCAUUGGACUUGUCCAUUAAGGAUCUUCGGGCCCGGGCCCGAAGAGUGUUCUCACCCACUACUGCAGUUGUUGAAGAGGAGAACGGUACUUGUCGGGUGGGAUUUGAUUUUGGGGAAGAGAAUUGUAAUGGGUCCUCUAAAGUGUUGGAGAAUUUUGGAGAUCUUGAGUUGGGGGUAAAGGGUUUGGAUCCAGAUUUGGGCUCCUGGGCGGGCUUUGGUGUGGCUAACCAAAAGGAAGGGAGGAAUGAGAAAAAAGAAAGUGUUGAUCCGGGUUCAAGGGAUCCUGAACCGGGAACGGAAAGUCAUGGGCCUGCCAGUAAGGAGGAUGAGGUGGAUUUGAGCAAGAUAACCUCACCUGUCAAGGAGAAAAAUGGGUUCAACAAAGUUUCUAACUCUGGAAUGAUACUCAAUUCCUUGUCUCGAAGGAAGGUUUUCAAGUCUCCAAGCUCUUUCAGCUAUAGAAGAUUGCUACCAUUUCUAAUGGACAUGGCGAAGGAUGAUUCUGGUACUUCAAGAAUUGAAAUUGUUGACAAAGAUUUUUCUUGCCAAGUUCAAAACCUGAGUAAUGUAGAUUAUACUGUGUCAUCAGCUCUGAUGGAUACUGAGAAUGCUAAAACCAAGGAUGUUGGUCAACAUAUUGAUGAUAAUAAAUUGUUGGAGAAAAGAGAUAUUGAGAAUGUCAAAAACAACUUUCAUGUAAGGGAGCAGGAUCCGAAUGAUCCCAACAAGAAGUUGCUUCAAACUGAAGAAAAUGUCAGCUCAUUUGUGGAGGGGAUUGCUAAUGAAAAUGGUUUAGCUAGAGGUGAUAAAUUGAUCGAAGAUUGUGUACAGACAACACCACCUGAUGCCACCAUUUUGAGCGAGAUUCAUGAUCAUGAUGAUAGGGCAAAUGGAGAAAUUAACAAUUUGAAGACUGGGAAUCACAUCCUUGGGCAUCCAGCAAAUGGAAGUAUGUGCAGCAAUCAAACAUUCUUGCAUGAGAAUUUGCAUAGGAGUCCUAGAAGAAAUAACACCAUUUCAAUGACUAAAAUGAUUCUUAAUCCAUGUUCUCGGUCGAAAAUAUUCAAAACUUCAAGCUCCUUCAGCUACAGAAGAUUAUUGCCCUUUCUGAUGGAUGUUGCCAACAGUUCUACCAACAUUGAUCAAUCUCCUAAUAUACGGAAGAUGGAGAAUGAUCAGCAUUCACCACUAUUGGCUUCUUCAAAUAAGGAUGCCUUCUUGAAUAAGAAUGAAGUUGACAUAUUCCAGGAGAAAGAAGCUAAAAAUGAUGAACCAUGUUGUCCAAUUGCUGUCAAGGUCCAUUCCAUUGAUGGUUCAUCUGAUGACGUCUGCCUAGAUUUGUCAACUCCCUUCUCCAGUUCCCGCAGUUCUAAUGGGAAGUCUAACCCUGCAUCUUCUGAGAAUAUCUCUCAACGUGAUAUGCUGAAUUGUUUGCAGGUGGAAAGUUCUUCAACUUGUACACAUGGUCAAUUGAAUAAUCCCAGAGAUUUGGAAGUAGUACUCCCUACAGCUGAUUUCAGAGUUUGUGAUGGUGAAACUAACUGUUUAACAGAGACAUCAUGCUCCGCCAUUAAGGAUGACUUUUUGCCUAAAGGAUCCCUACUGGAGUUCUCGCAGCAUGAACAAGUUGAUAUUGAAAAAAACAGCCUGGUUGAGGGCCAGGAUAAUAACAACAGCAAAGCUGCCAAUAUCAGAUCUCUCUCUUUGGACCAAUACUCAUCAGGAGUUGGAGUUUUUUCCUUUCAAGGAACUGAUAGUUCUAUAAAAGGAAUAUUAAAGAGAAAUCCAAGAGGAUGCAGAGGGCUGUGCAAUUGUCUGAACUGUGCUGCCUUUCGCCUGCAUGCCAAAAGAGCUUUUGAAUUCUCAAGAAAUCAAAUGCUUGAUGCUGAAGAAGUAGCUCUGGGUUUGAUUGACGAAUUAGCUGAGCUUCGAAAUUUGUUGGAAAUAUCUGCAGUUGAUGGCAGCAAACUUGGUGCCUUCCCCUUCAAUAAGCUUCUGGUGAGAGAAGCGUGUCAAAAAGCAUUGAAAACAGAACAACAGGCCAAACAACGCCUUGGCCAAAUGAUUGAUGAUCUGAAUGUGCACUGCAGAAUCACACCCCUGCAGCCCCCGGGGGUGACAUUUUCCAGACGUAUUGAAGAAAGGUCUAUUCCAAGCAGGGACCUUUCAGCAAGACCCUAAUCACCCAAAUGGAGAGCAAAAAGAGAGUGAUUUUAGAAGCUCAAAAGUUCAUAUACAUGCUAGCUGCCUGCAGAAUGCUGAAGCAAGAUAGAGUGAUGCAUCUUCUGGCAGACUGUUAGUAUCUUAGCAUUCCGUGGCAGCUUUGGCUGCAGAGACAGGUCUUAUUGUAGUUACACACCUUAACUUGUUUCAGUAAUUAUGCGUUGGACACAGGAUUUUUAGUGUUAAAUGAUGGUAAGGCGAGGUGCAGCAUACUUUUUAUACAUUUGUAUG